GCAAACAAAAAUAAUUUAUUAAGAUAGCACAUAAAAGAAGCAACGAAAAGCUAUAAAUUGCAAUACAAGAUUAUAACAGGGGAUGGAGGACAGAAGAAAGACAUAGCACAAACGCAGACUCUCAAUUCUACUUCCAAAACGUUUAUUGUUGCACACUAGGAGAGAACUCUUGCUACAGUUUGUCACUGUGCUACUGAGCUGCUUCUGGUUUGAAAAAGCCCGCCCACCCCCAUCCUUCUCCAUGGCAACCACACAGGCAGAGAGUAGAGCAGGAUGGAGCAGCUGAUAUCCUUAAUAUGCUCUGAAAAUUUACAAGGCAUUUGCCAAUCACACGCUGCUCUGCCUCUGAUGAUGUGAUGUGCAAUCAGCGUCCAUUCAGUUUUUCUUGAACUACAAAUCCCACGAUCCCCCGGCAGGUUGGCCACAUGUGGGAUGGAGCGAGCCAGACCACACACAGUAGGAGGAGCAGGGAGUGCUCGUUCAUUUCGGACUCGUUUGUGACAUCAGCUCUGCCUUAAUCCUGCCCAGAGCCCUAGAGAGACAGGGGAGGCGGCUGGAGCCCAGCGAUCACUCGGGAGCGUCACAAUGAUGAAGAGAGCGGAUCUGUCGGGCAAUAAGAAGUCUGCUCUGUCCCUGCUGGAAGCCGCCCGCUCCCGAUACGAGAGCCUGCAGAUUUCUGAUGAUCUAUGUGGCGAGUCUGGAGAUGACAGCAGCAGCGGGAACCCCUUCUAUAGCACCUCGCCUGAUUCACCCACCUCAGCCUCGGGCUGCUCCACUGACGAUGACAAUGGGGGAGGUAGAAAGAAGCCGCAUCCACUGGGCCAGCGCGAGGUUGGAGAGGUGGCCAGGAAUGUGGCUGAUGGCGAUUUGGGCAUUAGAACAGCGCAUGGUACGCCGAGGGCCGAGGGAAGAGAGGAGCAGCGGGACUGUACUGAUGGCGAUACAGGAGGGGAGUCGCUGCUCAGAGAAGAGAGAGAAGGGAAUAGGCGUGAGGAAGGGGAUGCGGAGCAGCAAGUGCCCAUAGACAACCUGGAGAAGGAGGAGGGCUGGACCCACACCCUGCAGGACAGAGACGCCCCUUAUUUCAGCGACACCAGCGGGCCGACACGUAAAAUGCCACCCACAUCCAGUGUAAUGGAUUUUUUUCAACUGUUUGUCCCUGACAAUGUUAUAAAGAACAUGGUGACACAAACCAACAUGUAUGCCAAGAAAUACCAAGAAAAGUUUGGAAGUGAUGAUGCCUGGACGGAUGUGACACUGGCAGAAAUGAAAUAUUUUUUUGGCUACAUGAUAUCAACUAGCACUCACCAUUGUGAGUCGGUACUCAGCAUAUGGAGUGGGGGGUUUUACAGUAACAGAAGCAUUGCUCUUGCUAUGACACAAUCAAGGUUUGAAAAGAUUCUAAAAUAUUUCCAUAUUGUGGCCUUUCGGUCCAGUCAGACAACUCACGGCCUUUACAAAAUUCAACCUUUUCUUGACUCUCUCCAGAAUUGCUUUGACUCUUGUUUCAAGCCUUCACAAACCCAGGUACUACAUGAACCUUUAAUUGAUGAAGACCCUGUGUUCAUUGCUACCUGCACGGAACGAGAGCUGCGCAAAAGGAAAAAGAGAAAGUUCAGUGUCUGGGUCAGACAGUGCUCAUCUACCGGAUUCAUUUGCCAGGUUUACAUUCAUUUAAAGGAAGGAAGUGCCACAGAUGGCCUUGACACAUUGAAAAACAAACCACAGCUUCAUCGCAUGGUGGCCAAAAACUUGUGUCAAAAUGCAGCUGGGAAAAACUACAUCAUUUUCACUGGGCCUAGCAUCACAAGCUUCAGUCUGUUUGAAGAGUUUGAAAAGCAAGGUAUUUAUUGCUGUGGAUUAUUAAGCUCUCGUAAAAGUGACUGCACUGGACUUCCUCCAUCGAUGCUUAGUAACACAGGAGUACCACAAUCUCGGGGGCAGUAUACUAUCAGAGUGAAGGAAAACAUGUCCCUUAUUUGUUGGUACAACAGAGGAUAUUUUCGCUUUCUUACCAAUGCUUACUCUUCAGUUCAGCAAGGAGUCAUCAUUAAAAGAAAGAGUGGAGAGAUUCCUUGUCCUUUGGCAGUUGAAGCAUUUGCCGCUCACCUCAGUUACAUCUGUAAAUAUGAUGAUAAAUACAGCAAAUAUUUUAUUUCACACAAGCCAAACAAAACUUGGCAGCAGGUGUUCUGGUUUACUAUCAGCAUUGCUAUAAACAAUGCCUACAUCCUCUAUAAAAUGUCUGAUGCCUACCACGUGAAAAGAUACAGUCGGGCUCAGUUUGGGGACAGACUUGUGCGGGAGCUGCUGGGACUGGAGGAUACAUCGCCAUGCCAUUGAUAUCAGUCUACUCUACAGUCUCUUGUUCUCAAUAUGACGCUGCAAGCUCAUGAUUGCCAUUCAGGGAUGUUGGCAUCAACUAUGCCAGCCUACUACUUAUAUACAUAUAUAUACAUAUAUAUAUACAUAUAUAUAUAUAUAUAUAUAUAUAUAUAUAUAUAUAUAUAUAUAUAUAUAUAUAUAUAUAUAUAUAUAUAUAUAUAUAUAGUGAUGUAAACCACUGAAUCAUUAGGACAUGUAACAGAUUAUUUUAAACACAUGAUGAGGUUUUAAUAGUCAUCACUUCACUGAAAUUUUUGUUAGAAUUUGCAAAACCCAUGCAUUUUUAAAGGUUUACAAACUAAAAUCUAGAAACUGUGGAGUGAAAGUUUGAUGCUUGUAUGAGGGCAGUUUGCACCAAUAAAAUUAUAUAUUUUCAGGCAAUUCCUUUUCUGUAACUAAUGUGCAAUAUAUUCUAUCAUGUUUUUCUUUUUUAUGUCACUGAUUUUUUUUGUCAAUGUUAUUUAAGUCUAUUGUGUUUUGAUGAAUGAUAAAUACUGUUUAAAUGCUGCCGAAUUGCAAAUAAGAAUAAUUAGUGAAA